UCCCGCGGUGCCCCGGAAGCGCGGGGCGGGGCCGUGUCCGGCCACCUCAGCUUGAGGAACAUGUCGGGCGCGGGCUCGGUGGGCUCGGUGGUGCGGCGCUUCCUGUCGGAGUACGGCAGCGGCACGCCGAGCCGCCUCAAGGUGCUGGACGCCUACCUUCUUUACGUGCUGCUGACUGGGGCGCUCCAGUUCGGCUACUGCCUGGGCGUCGGCACCUUCCCCUUCAACUCCUUCCUCAGCGGCUUCAUCUCCGCCGUCGGCAGCUUCAUCCUCGGCGUUUGCCUCCGGAUCCAGAUCAACCCCCAGAACAAAAGCGAGUUCCAAGGCAUUUCACCGGAGCGAGCAUUUGCCGAUUUCCUUUUUGCCAACACCAUCCUCCAUCUUGUCGUCAUCAAUUUUGUUGGCUGAACUCUAGAAGAGACUGUAAGGUCUUGAAUGGCUCUAGAGCUCUGAUGCCAAAGCCUAGCAUUGGGAAGUGCUUUUCCCCAGCAGACUAUUACCUUCUUUGGUGGAGGAAGGGGAUGCAGGGCUCAAGAUUCUUCCCCACAGACAGUCCUAUGGAGGGGUCUUCUGCCUCAUUACAGUUACUGUAAUCCUUUCCAUCAAUAAAACCCUUUAUAAUACUGCA